GGUGGAGGAGGCAGCUUUCUUGCAGCACAGGUGGAGGAGGCUGCUUUCCAUGCAUCAGCCACAGUGUCACUAAAUAUUAUUGGUAUUAAGUGACGCAGCCUGCAGCAGUGUGAAAAAGUAAUUUUACAGGUGACUAAGCCUGCAUUCCCUGUAUCAUCAGCAGCGACACUAAGUAGCAGUAGUGCAGGCACAAGUGUAGCUGCCUGCUCUUGCUGCAUCAGAAGCAGAGCUCCUCAGUCAGUGCACUACAACCCCCAGCAUCCGCAAGGUGACCUAGCGAUCGCGUUUGUUUUCAUCGUAUCCAUGAUUGCUAAACCAAUUCUCCAAUUGCUAUAGACAAUUCGUCCUCAUCAUCAGCACAGUCACUCCCAUCCUCAGCGCUUUGCUCUCUGCUGCUCUCUCCUCCUCUCUCCAUCACCUGUUGGAAGAUCUGUGCUGUCUCAUACCCCCUGACAGUCUCUCUGGAGCCCCCUGAGACUGUCUAAAGGGGUCUUCACCCGGAGAAAUCUAUGAUUAGUUCGGUGUGUGUCUCAUCUUACCGUGGACGAAAGUCUGGGAACAAACCCCCAUCCAAAACAUGUCUGAAGGAGGACAUGGUAAAGGCGGAAAACUCUGGCAAGAUUACCAUCAAUGUGGGGGGCACGCGACACGAGACCUAUAGGAGCACCUUGAGGACGCUUCCUGGCACUCGCCUGGCAUGGUUGGUGGACCCUGACAUCUCCAGCCAGCUGGAUGCCGAAUCACAACAGAAUGGGUUCUUCUUUGAUCGGCACCCAGGUAUCUUCGCCUAUGUCCUCAACUACUACCGCACAGGGAAGCUGCACUGCCCGGGAGAUAUCUGUGGACCUCUCUUCGAGGAGGAGUUGGCAUUCUGGGGCAUUGAUGAGACAGAUGUGGAGCCUUGUUGCUGGAUGACAUAUAGACAGCACCGGGAAGCGGAGGAGGCGCUGGAUAUAUUUGAAAAUGUAGAAACAGAAGAUGGUGAGGAGGAGAAGGACUCUACCCCAGAGUUACUCUGCAUAGAGGAGAGGCCAGAUAGGUCCAGAGGUCGAUGGAAGAGAUGGCAGUCCAGGAUGUGGGCACUUUUUGAAGAUCCCUAUUCAUCUAGAGCUGCCAGGGUAGUGGCAUUUAUUUCCCUUUUCUUCAUCCUGCUAUCUAUUACCACUUUCUGCUUGGAGACUCAUGAGGCUUUUAUUGUAGACAUAAAUGUAACAGAACUGGUCAUUAAGGGAAAUGUGACAGAGAUCUCAGUGGUAAAGGAGGUGGAAACAGAACCAGUUUUGACAUACAUAGAAGGGGUUUGUGUUUUUUGGUUUACACUGGAAUUCAUUGUCCGAAUUAUCUGCUGCCCAGAUAAGUUGUUCUUUGUGAAGAAUCUACUAAACAUUAUAGACUUUGUGGCUAUUUUGCCAUUUUACCUAGAGCUGGGUCUCAGUGGCUUGUCAUCCAAAGCUGCAAGGGAUGUUCUGGGCUUCCUACGCGUAGUUCGCUUUGUCCGGAUUCUACGUAUAUUCAAACUGACAAGACAUUUUGUUGGGUUGCGAGUUCUAGGGCACACUCUACGUGCCAGUACAAAUGAGUUCCUGCUUCUAAUCAUGUUUUUAGCUUUAGGGGUUUUAAUUUUUGCCACCAUGAUCUAUUAUGCCGAACGAAUAGGGGCAAAGUCAUCAGACCCAACUGGAAGCAACCACACCCACUUCAAGAACAUUCCUAUAGGAUUCUGGUGGGCAGUGGUAACAAUGACCACACUUGGGUAUGGGGACAUGUAUCCACAGACCUGGUCUGGCAUGCUGGUGGGGGCUUUGUGUGCCAUAGCUGGUGUGCUCACUAUCGCAAUGCCCGUUCCAGUCAUUGUGAAUAAUUUUGGAAUGUAUUACUCUCUUGCUAUGGCCAAACAAAAGCUUCCAAAGAAGAAAAAGAAACAUAUCCCAAAGCCUAUUCAGCUGGACUCUCCAACUACUGCUAAAUCUGAGGACACGUCACAUCGCAACAGCACUCAAAGUGAAUCCUGCCCAUUGGCUGGAGAAGAUGCCACAGAAAAGAAGACAGGUAAGAUGAACAGACAUGUGCAAUGAUAUCGGGGAACUCAUUGUUUUUUCUACAGUGAUUUCUGUAGGCUUCGUUUUUGAUAAUUAUAGUACUUUUUUUUUUCUCACUGUGGUCGAUACCCAGUCUGAGGUAUAAAAUGUUACAAUGUUUAUGGUAUUACUUUACUAUUACUAACCAAAACAUGUAGUGUUACAAGAGGGCUGUUGAGAUAGUUACUUGAUAGUUACUGUAACAUUUAAGAGGGGAUUCCAAGACUACAAUAUUGAUGGCUAAUCUUUAGGAUAGGCCAUUAAAAUCAGUUUGGAGAUGGUCUUGUUCCUAGGUCCUGGACAAACAGCUGAAUCAGCUGUUGAGUUCUUAGUGUUUAACCUGGCACAGCUCCGCAAUUUGUGGCAGUGCCUGGUAUUGCAGCUCGGUCAUAGUGAAUAGGAUUGAGCCCAAAUACCAGGCAGAGACACAACUAAAAGUAUAUACCAAUGCAUGGUUAAAAAAAAAGAAGUGGCAAAUUGGCAGGAAUCUGGGAGCCAACCUCCACUGAUCUGAUAUUGAUGGCUUAUCUGAAGGCUAGACCAUCAUUAUUGUAGUUCUGGAACUACAAUGAAGCUUGUGUCCACCUUUGAGUCACCGCCAAUGCUAGAGUGCAUAGUUUUGCAAUUUUACUUGUUAUUGGAAACAAAUUCAUAACAGCUUAGCUGCUAUAUUGCAGUACAAUUAUUGUCUCCUACAUUAGAUUACUAUACAGUGCCUGGUGUAAAAAUGAUGCUUGUCAAGAUGCAUCAAAUCAUCAAAAGCAAUGCUGUUCAAUUUUAUUAAAUAGGGUGCAGAAGUGGACAUAUGCUUUGAUAUAUUUUGUUAGCACAUGGGUCCUUAGAAAGCAAAGGAGGAGUUUUGUCCAUGUAUUUCCACAACAUAUUAUUUAUCAAAACUGUCUAAUAAAAAAAACUGGCUUUGUUACAAAUAGCGACCAAUCAGAUAAAGGCUUUAUUAUUUGCCUGGCAUGAACAAAAAUAAAAGCUGUACUGCAAUUGAUUGCUAUGGGUAUCUGUUAGACAGAAUUGGUAAAAGAGACCUAGUUAUUAAGCGGAUUGUCUAGUUUUGAAAAGCAAUAUUACAAAUUCAAUGUGCUUAUUUAAACCGCUGAUUUUCCACAGCAGUUUUUUAAUGGUAGGUCAAUGGCAAAUCUGCAGUAUAAAAUUUUCAGCAGUAAAUCAGCACCAAAAUACACAUAUGAAAAUGUACCCUAUGGGUAUGUUCACACGUACAUGAUCCACUGUGGAAAUUCGGUUGCAGAAUUUCCACUGUAGAAUUUUAUCAAUGGCUUAUGCACAUGUGAACUUACUUACUUACUAAAUUUCCUCAGUGGAAAAGAUGAAAUCUUCUACUUCUCCACAAGGAAACCCA